CAUUAAUUACGCACAUCCCCCCUCCCCCUGUCAGCCUAGGCCAAAGGCCAAUGCCAGGUCUCACGCCGCAAUUUCUCCCAGGACAUUUUUUGUUGGCACCGAACCACCUUCUUCACAAAGGGGCACCCAUGACACCGAACCCUUCGCGUUGGGACGCAGAAUCCAGGGGAUAACUACGAACUGUCACAUUUGCAGCCUUGUAAUCCCGUGGUUCCCGAAACGUGCAUCCCCUAGACGAAGCCUCGGCACACGACCCGACGACGCUACCUUACCUACCUACCUACGUAAUUGAGCACAUCUACCUCGACCACCAUGAACGCCAUUCAGCAAAAGUGUCGUCCCAAGCACCAGGUCCUUGUCCUGAAAUGCUAUCCGCGGACUGCCAAGGGUGCCGUCGAUGUCAAGCCAAACUCCAGCGAACUCAGCUACCUACUGUUCUACGCCCAGUCCCGACGGUCCAAGAUUCAGAAAGUUGGCAGCUUCCUCGAGAAGAAGACGGCUAGCGAUGUCUGGCGCCAGCGGAUAGGGAACGUGCAGGUCACACUGCAGAUACUCACGGCCCUGAUCGAAAAGACGCCCAAGGACCUCCCGCUCUUCGCAUCAUGUGUUCUCCAGAUACUCGAACAGAUUCUCAAGUCCCGCGACAUCACCAUGGUGGAGUCGUCCAUUCCGACCUUUGAAGCCUUCUGUACCCACCAUGACCCGACCUCCCUCCUGGCCGACCAGGCCUACUUGCGCCAGUACCUGUACGUUGUCCAGCAGUACGCUUCUCUCGCCUCGACGCGCGCCUUCGCCGGGAAACUUGAGCCUAGCAAGCCCAUUGCCCUUCGCUGGAGAAACACGGGUCUGAAGGCCAUCAAGAGCGUUGCCUCGUCCGAGACCCUCUCCUCCGUCACGACUCAGCAGUACGAUUUGGCUGUUCCCAUGAUAUUGGAAAACCUAUGGACAGAUAACGAAGAUUUCCUGGACGUCUUGCACCAGCGGGCCGAGAUGGGAGAGAAACUCGGCGGUACGCUAUUGCGGAGACGGACUAGCGUUGCGACGGUGCAGACGGCCGAGAGCGAGUCCAACACGAACCCCAUCGCGCUCGCCGACACUGCCGUGGACAUGGACAAGCUGGCGGAGGAGGACACCGGGGUGUUGGCGAUGGAAUGCCUGAGACAACUCUUUGUUGCUACAAACCGGUCGCAGGUCCAUGCUGCCACCGUUGCGCUCCUCAAAUUUAUCCAGGAGCGCGUGAGCCAGCAGGAGGAGGUCGUCAAAACAGAUUCGGACGGAAGGGACAGCGGCUGGGCUGUCAAGAUGUUCCUCCUGGCCGCCCGAUGGGCUCCCGUCGCCGACCGCUUCACCAUCCUCGUCACAGCGAUGGAUUCGCUCGCCGAGCAACCCCUGACGGACGAUUCGCUGCAGCAACACGUCGUUCUAGCAGCCAUGAUUGGUGCGCUCCUGCGAUCCGAUAUCAACCUGAUCGGUCUCAGCGUGAUGGAUGUCCUGGUCCAGCUCAUUGCCCACAUUCGGAAGCUGGUGCAAAUGCCGGGGGACCCGAACAGCAUGAGGAGUGAGCCGCAUCUCCCUGGGGAACCCGAUCCCCGCGCGCAAUCCGGCCUUCAGUACACCGACAAGGCGGAGCAGGCUGUGGCUGAACGCAAAAAUGUUUUGUAUCGGCUGCAGGAAUGCAUCGGCGACCUGGCCACGCACGUCUACUAUGCCGACCAGAUUUCCGACAUGAUUUCUACCAUCCUGCAAAAGCUGAGGCCCUCGCGGUCGAACAGUACCUCUGGUUCGCCCCACGGAGAGAAGACCGACACCCCUAAAUCAUCUGUGAAUGCUCUUGGCGACGAGCAUCACGCCGAUUCUUUAUUCGCCCUUACCGUGGCCAAAAUUGCCGCGCUGAGAGCCAUCAAGUCGGUUCUCCUUGUGGCCAACCCGCGUACCAAGAUGAGCGGGAACCUCGGCCUGUCAAGAAGCCACGUCCCAAUCCAGAUCUGGGAUGGUACCCAGUGGCUGCUGAAGGACCAAGACGGUCUCGUCCGGAAGGCCUAUGCAGACGCCGUGAUGACAUGGUUGGACCGCGAGACAACGAGCGCCGAUUCGAAAGCCAGAGACGAGACGGCUCGGCCCAUGCUCAAGACCCGGGAGCUGCAGGGCGCCGCGCUUGCGAAGCGGGCCGUAUCUAGUGCCUCGGCCCGCGAGAAGCCCGUCAAGACUCCCCGGUCACACUUUUUGCAGCUCCUCCACCUGGCUAUCUACGACAACGCCAUCCAGUAUAUCGACUAUGAGACCGAUAUCUUGCUUCUCCACGUUUUGCUAGCGAAGCUCGUGGAUAAACUUGGCGUGAACGCCGUUCGGUACGGCUUGCCUAUGAUCUUCAGGCUGCAGGAGGACAUCCAGGAUGCCGAGACCCCGGUCCACAAAGUCCAGUUGGGCAGUUUGGUGCACGGAUACUUUUGGAUGCUCACGGAGAAGUUCGAUUUUGAUGGGACUGUUAUAGGGCGGGCAGUUCACAAUGAGAUCGUCCGGCGCCGCAGCAAGAACUUCUGGGUCGAGGGCGUCAGCCUACCGGUUCCCCUUCUUGACUUGGUGGGGACGCCUGGGACGGUCCAGCGUCAGCCGAGACUGCCCUCCGACGAAAUCGAGUCGGAGGCCCUUCUCCCCUUCGAUGAGCGACUGGGGCUUGUGGAGUGUGUGUGCACGGCGUAUCAACAGCAGACCAUCUCGCCGCCGCAAAGCCCGGCAGCUAGUCCCGGCCGCAGCUUCUCGCACCCGAUCCUGGGCACGACGACGAGCGCCAUCCCGAGCAUCGAAACGGAGCAUGAGGUGCCUGAUCAUAUCCGUGAGCAGAUGCUUAGCGAAUGGAGCCGCGAGGCCGUCCUUGCAGCCGUGCAAACGGCCAGCAAAUCCGCAUCCCUCAAUGGGUCUCGGUCGGGAACGACCGGGACCAACCGCCUGAACGCGAACGGCGGAUUGGCAGCGAACGGACACAGCCUCAGGCCGGACAGGUCGUCACCGCACGGCAGCGGAACGAACCUCCGCCCGUCAACUUCGCCAAUGGGCGACGCAAUGCGCAAAUCAAGCCUCCGCAGCGGACACUCGCCAACGCCCGCCAGCAACGACGACGCCAAGGAACAAGUCACCUCAGUCGAGCAGCUCAAGCUCGUCCUAUCAGGCCACCUCCAGCCGCCGCCGACCAUGCACGGCCCCACCUUCCAACACGACGACUCCAGCAGCGACAGCCUCGUCAGCUACGACAUGACCCCGAGCGAGCUGUCCUUCAACCCGGCCACCCUCCCCGGCGCCAUCGCCGACCAGCACCAGUCCCCCGACCACACCCAGCAGCAGCGGCCCGUCUCGCGCGACCGCAAGGGCUCGCUCUCGGCUGGCGGCCCGCUCAACUCCCACCCCACCCCAGACGACGACGGCAACGACGUCGGCAGCACCGACGGCGGCGAUGACGCCGUCCCGCCCGUCCCGCCCAUCCCCAUGAGCCUGAUCCCCGGCGGCGCCGCGCGCGCGCCGUCACACUCAAACAGUGCGCAGGCGCAGGCGCAGGACCGCGGCGCCCAGGCCACGGUGCCGCGGCCGUCGACGUCGAAGCGCAGCGUCAAGAGCAGGGGUGGUGGACUUGGUAGUGGUCUUGGGGGUGGCAUUGGAGGUGGAGGUGGAGGCGGCGAGCACCGCGCGCUGUCGAGCUCGUGGGCGUCGUCGGUGCAGGAUGACGAGAAGCUGCCGGUUAUGGAUCUGAAUGCGUUGCUGAAGGGGAUUGAUGCGCAUGUCGGGGAGGAGGGGGGGCAGGAGGGGUUCGGGGGGGUUACGAGGCCGCCUUAUUAGUUUAGCUAGCUGAGUUGUUAGGUGGUAGUGGGGUUUACCGUGACAGAUAUCUUGGGUGUGGGUGUGAUGUGGGUGUUUAUUCUUGGGCUAUGAUUUAGACGGAUUUGUUGGGCAUGCCUGGCCCAGUAACCGCGGGUUUUAGG